AUGGCCGCGCCGCUGGCGGAGCUGGUGCAACUACGGCAGAACGCUUUGGCGCACGCCUCCGGUCAGGUGACCGCCUUCAAAGAGCUCCGCUUGAGGCUACCCCCAGGCAGCGCCAAGCACAGCGAGAGCGUGGUGGUCUUGGAGCUGCCGCAGCGCCGGGCCACGCUGCGGGUGGGCUUCGCCAGCUCAAAGUCCUCGGGGUGGAUGGAGGGCAUGGACCUGCCUGGGCGCGACUACGUGACGACCCAGCACCCCAACGGAACGGCGGAGGGGUGCAGAAAGAUUUGCGAGGAGGACAAUGACUGCCGGGCCUGGUCUUUUGUCAUGGCCAACGGAACGAGCGCCGAGUGCCGCCAGAAGUUCAACGUGCUUCGGGCCAUGGCCAGCGGCUCCAUGGUAGGCGUUAAGGUGCAGGAGCCCUUCUAUUGCGCUGCGCCUUGGGCGAAAAGGAACUAA